GGUGCCACAGAAUGCAGUCCGUAUUCGGAAAAAACGGAACCGAGACCCCCGAACCGGUCAAGGCUGAAGUGAAAGGGAAAAUCCCAGGCUGGCUCCAGGGGACCUUGUUGAGGAAUGGCCCUGGUCUGUUCUCAGUGGGAGAUUCGGCCUAUAACCACUGGUUUGACGGCAUGUCUCUCAUUCACAGCUUCACGUUUGACAAAGGUGAGGUGUACUACAGAAGUAAGUUUCUGAAGAGUGACACCUACAAGAGAAACAUCGCAGCCAACAGGAUCGUUGUGUCUGAGUUUGGGACCAUGAUCUACCCGGACCCCUGCAAAAACAUCUUCUCGAGGGCCUUCACUCACCUCUGCAAGGCCAUCCCAGAUUUCACUGACAACAACCUUAUCAACAUCAUCCGCUACGGUCAGGACUACUAUGCCGCCUCCGAGAUCAACUACAUCAACCAGAUCGACCCCGUGACCCUGGAGACUGUUGACAGGAUAAACUACAGGAACCACAUUGCUCUGAACCUGGCCACGGCUCACCCUCACUACGAUGACCAGGGAAACACCUACAACAUGGGCACCGCUAUCAUUGGCUUCGGUCGGCCAAAGUACGUCAUCUUUAAAGUCCCCGCUGACGCCUCAGAUGAGGAGAAAAGGCAGCCUGCACUGAGGAAGGUGAAGCAGGUGUGUUCGAUUCCGUUCCGCUCCAUCCUGUUUCCGGGAUACUUCCACAGUUUCGGUAUGACAGAGAACUACAUCAUCUUUGUGGAGCAGCCCUUUAAACUGGACAUCCUCAAACUGGCCACCGCCUACUUCAGAGGCGUCAACUGGGGAAACUGCCUCAAAUACGACGAAGAUGACAUUACGUUGUUCCAUCUGAUCAACAAGCAUACAGGGAAGGCUGUGUCAACCCGUUACUAUGGCGAUGCUUUAGUGACAUUCCACCAUAUAAAUGCAUAUGAGGACGAGGGUCACGUCGUGUUUGACCUGAUUGGCUACAAAGACUCCAACCUGUACCAGAUGUUCUACAUGGAAAACAUUAACCAAGACGCCAAAGACUUCAUCCAGUCCCACAAAAGCUUCUCUCCUCCGGUCUGCAAAAGAUUUGUUCUGCCUCUGAACAUUGAGAAGGACUCUCCGGAGGGAACCAACCUGGUGGACCUGAAGGAUACGACGGCCCGGGCCGUGGUCCAGAAGGACGGUUCUGUCUACUGUCAGCCCGACACACUGUUUGAAGGCUUAGAGCUGCCGGGGAUCAACUAUAAGUUCAACGGUAAAAAAUAUCGCUACUUCUACGGCUCCAGGGUGGAGUGGUCUCCUCACCCAAACAAGCUCGCCAAGUUUGAUACCGUGACCAGGAAACAUGUGGAGUGGCAAAUGGAGAACUGCUACCCGUCAGAGCCGGUGUUUGUGGCCUCGCCAGGUGCUGUGGAGGAGGACGACGGAGUGAUCCUGUCCUCCGUCAUCUCCCCCAAUCCGAACAUCUCUCCCUUCAUGCUCGUGCUCGACGCCAAAACGUUCAAGGAGAUCGCCCGCGCCUCCAUCGACGCCAGCGUGCACCUUGACCUACAUGGACGCUUCAUCCCGGCCUCGAUAUAAUACCACACAUGUCCAGCAGAGGGCGAUAUUAGACCGGUGGAAAAGAGCAGUCUGGUGAAAUUCCUACCUGAGCUGCUUUGUCCAGCAAAGCCUGCUGCUGCUGAACCAGCUGCUCCUUCAGACCACUGAUCUCCACC